UAUUUCAAGUAAAAUAUUCUGUUUCAGUGUGUCAGUCCAACCGACCGUGACAUCGUACGUGAUUACGGUUGCGCCGUCGUCGAUUGUAGUUGGGCGCGUUUAGGCGAUACUCCGUUCAAUAGAAUGAGGACUCCGAAUCCUCGUCUCUUGCCGUUCCUAGUCGCCGCGAAUCCAAUUAAUUAUGGCAAACCUUGUGAACUGAGUUGUGUGGAAGCUAUAGCAGCUGCAUUGUUCAUAACUGGAUUUACAGAGGAAGCCAAAUUCUAUCUUGGCAAAUUUUCUUGGGGCCAUACGUUUUUGGAAGUAAAUGAUGAAUUGCUGAAGAAAUAUUCACUGUGUACAAAUUCGGAAGAAAUUAUAGCGACGCAAGAAAAAUUUAUUGCCGACGCGAGGCAGGAAAAGAUCGAUAGACUCGCUGUUUCAGACUAUCCGCCGACUGAUUCGGAAACGGAAGAAGAAGAGGAGGAGGAAGAAGAGGAGGAGGAAGAAGAAGAACAAAAAGAAGGAAAAGAAAAAGCAAACAGUUCAACAUCUGCACAGGGCGUUUCUGAAACAGGCAAACAUUUAAACGACUUAAAUAUAACUUAAAGAUUGUACAUAUUUCCGGCUUUCCUGUACUCGUCCGGAUAGCAUGAUUCGCAUCACGCGUUAGCGCGUCUUAAACAUACAAGAAGACAUACGCCGUAGAAAAGAAGAAAACGAUUGAAACAUGUACAAAGUGCUCGACUACGUAUAGUGUAUGUUUUAGUAUGUAACUUUACAAGUCAGAAAUAAGGAUUUUUCUUUCAGUUAUUAAUUUUUAAAACCACCAAUA